AUAAACAGUGCAAAACAUAAAGUUGUAACAGUGUAGUACCAGUGCUGUGACGAUGGCAGGGUUAAGAGCUAAGAACGUGUUACUCUUCGUUGUGGUGUUUUCUGUGAUUUUAUGUAGCACAUGGGUAUCAGGUUCGGAACUUAGGGAGACAUGCUACAACACGGGAGAGUGCCCUGCCCAUUCAGUGUGCAAGGCCCACUCUUGUGAAAUGUUCAUUUGUCAGUGUGAAGUCGGCUACUUUCAGUUCAAUUCACACAGCAGUGUGUGCAGCAAAGCCUCAUUGGUAGGUGAAAAGUGCUCAGCCAAUGAAACCUGUCUGCCAAUCAACACCGUUUGUAAUUCCACAUCCGGUGUCUGCGAAUGCAAAACUGGCUUUACCCCGAGCAGGGACGGAUUUAAAUGUAAAGACGACUCGAUCGGCAAACAACCGGACCUUGGUGACAGCUGCACUUCUGGGCUUCAGUGUGACUUCUUCUCGAUGUGUCAAAAUGGCACGUGUCAAUGUAGAAGCGGAUUUACCAUGUGGACGCUGGAAGAAAAAUGGUUGCUCUACCCACGCCCAAACUUUUUGUCUUGCAAGACCCCGGAUCUGGCACUGGAUAUGUGUAAUGGUGUUAAAGUAUCCAGCCCUCAGACGCCUCAUCAUCAAACUCCGACAGAGCUUCACCCAACCACGAUGCCAACCGAUUUCAACGUGACGGAAUCCCCAAAUGCGACAGAACCGGGUACAGUGGAAACACAGGCGCCCUCCGCGCUACCUGUUUUUAUUCCAAAAACACCUACAUUCCACGCUCAGCCUUGACGGUUUGAAAAAUGUCCAUUCCUGUCUAACGUGACCUUGAAAUGACGUUGUGAUUUUAGACACGCAGAGCGUUCCACGCACAAAUUAUUAACUGCAAUUUUCUGUAAAUAAUUUCCUUACUGUGCGUUUUACAAACGCGUAUAUGAACAAGAUGGAAAAUGUGUAUGUACUAGAGCAGAUGUACCAAGAAGAUAACUUGUUGUGUGGGAAUAUUUAAAGGGAGGAGUUACGUCCCUUCCUUGUUUGAAAAUGUGAAAAUGAUCGUCUUUUAUCAACAGAACAAGAAAUCCACCCGUUGCCUGUCCGUCAUUAUGGUGGAAGUUUUUGAAUUGUCAUACAUAGCAUUGCCUCAGUAAAUCAGUACUAUCAAAAUAAAGACAAAAAUUUCUGACACGACGUAAACAUGCAGACAGACUGCUUAUUAUUCAGCCGAUUAAUUCAUCAAUUCUGUAAA